CCCCAGCCGUCAAACGAUUGGGGCUUGAAAGCGGAAUUGAGCUGGUCUAUUUCGGGCGCUAGCUCACUUAUUUUUUAAACCCAAACAAACCCAAGAAACCGGCAACAAAAUGACGCAAAUGUCCGACGAACAGUUUCGCAUAUUCAUCGAAACCAUCAAAUCUCUGGGGCCAAUCAAAGAGGAGCCGCCAUCCAAGGGUAGCUUCAGCAACUGCACGGUGAGAUUCAGUGGCCAGCGGGAUCACGAUGCCGUGGACGAGUUCAUCAAUGCCGUGGAGACGUACAAGGAGGUGGAGGGCAUCAGUGACAAGGAUGCGCUGAAGGGUCUGCCGCUGCUCUUCAAGAGCAUUGCGGUGGUGUGGUGGAAGGGUGUGCGCCGGGAUGCCAAGACCUGGUCGGAUGCCCUCCAGCUGCUGCGCGAUCACUUCUCGCCCACCAAACCCUCCUACCAGAUCUACAUGGAGAUCUUCGAGACAAAGCAGUCCUACGACGAGGUGAUCGACUCAUUCAUCUGCAAGCAGCGAGCGCUCCUGGCCAAGUUGCCGGAGGGACGACACGACGAGGAAACGGAACUGGACUUCAUUUACGGGCUGAUGCUGUCCAAGUAUCGGGAGAGCAUACCCCGGCACGAGGUCAAAACCUUCCGGGAGCUACUCGAUCGGGGGCGAACUGUGGAGCGCACAAGGCACUGAAGUUAGUUAAGUUAGUUGUAUAACUAUAAAUAAA